UGCUUUUCCGUUUAACCCUUGGUUCUCAAACACAAAGUGGCACGAAAUAAUACUUGGCCGGCUCAUUACAACCAUGGCAAAUAACAUUAAAAUACAGCACCGUAGUAGGUCUAAGUGUUCCUCUGCAGCCAGGCGGUUUUAUUCCAAAGACGUGUCUUCAACAAAGUCCUCGCGUACUUGCACAUGCCGCGUGACUGUUGUUCCGCUCCGUUCCAUGGCUGCCAUGCUCCCCGUUGUCCAUUCACAAGCAGGUUAAUCAUAAAGGUUCUCAUGAUGUGCAAGCAGUGCAAAGUUUGCUCCCACUCACCCCUCGCACCUUUGGACCCGGCCGCGAUCCUUUAAGUGUAGUUAAAGUUCAACGGCGUCGCACUCGCAGGAGUACCCCAUGCAGGCCGAGCGUGCCGAGCGACGGGCUGCUCGGAGGAGACGGACAGGCGAGUCCCGGCCUCCGUCCCCUAUGACCUCACCGGCAGCCUACGCUCGACUGGAGCACGAUGAGCCCAUGAACGGUCUGCGCAUCUCUGUCGGGGGUCUCCCCAUGCUGGCGACCGUGGCCAACGCCGCGGACCCUCGCUUCCGCCUCAAGUGGCGGCCCAUCGCGGCGGCGGCCGUUUCGCUGGCCGCGCUGCUGCUGCUCUUCAUGCGUUGGAGCGCCGGGCCGCGCCCCCGCGCCGACGACGCCUCCGGGAGCCGGAGGCCGGCCGCCGCCGGCUACAACCGCACCUACCCGCUCAGCCCGGCCGAGCGCACGCCGCAGGGCACGCGCUACCGCAUCGCCGUCAUCGCCGACCUGGACGCCGACCCUCAGAUGGAGAAGACGCUGACGUGGUUCAGUUACAUGCGGCGCGGGUACCUGCUGGUGUCGCCGAGCGGCGACGGGUUGUCGGUGGAGUGGGACGCGGAGAGGACGGUGCUGCGGAGCCACCUGGCCGAGAAGGGGCGAGGCAUGGAGCUGUCGGAGCUGGUGGCCUUCAACGGCAAGUUGUACAGCGUCGACGACAGAACGGGCGUCGUCUACCAUCUGGACGGCGGCAAGGCGGUGCCCUGGGUCAUCCUAGCGGAUGGCGACGGCCACGUGGCCAAAGGUUUCAAAGCCGAGUGGUUAGCGGUGAAGGACGAGCGCCUGUACGUGGGCGGUCUGGGCAAGGAGUGGACCACCACGUCGGGCGAAUUUGUCAACGACAACCCGGAGUGGGUGAAGGUGGUGGGCUUCCGCGGGGACGUGGAGCACAGGAACUGGGUCCCGAUGUACAAGUCGCUCAAGGCGGUGGCAGGAAUCCAACCGCCAGGUUACCUCAUUCACGAGUCGGCGGCGUGGAGCGACGUGCUGCAGCGCUGGUUCUUCUUGCCACGUCGCGCCAGCACCGAGCGCUACGAGGAGAACGCGGAUGAGCGGCGGGGCACCAACCUGCUGCUGAGCUGCUCGCCGGACUUCACCGACAUCACUGCGAGCCGGGUGGGCCCGCUCGACCUCACCCGCGGCUUCUCCUCUUUCAAGUUCGUGCCCAACACGGACGACCGGAUCGUCCUGGCGCUCAAGUCCGAAGAGGACGCGGGGAAGAUCGCUUCGUACAUCCUGGCGUUUACGCUGGACGGACGCGUUCUCCUACCGGAGACCAAAAUCGCUGACGAUGUUAAAUACGAAGGCUUGGAGUUCAUCUGAAAGCCUUCCUCAUUUCUCCUUUCCGUUUUCAUUUGGCAGUCCCAAAAGGCAAAGGGACGUACGUACAUGUGUACAGCUCUGGGAGAAAUGAAGACACCUCUGCAAAAUUA